AUGGCUGCUGAAAGAGAACGCCGUUCAAAUGCUGGUAACAAACUAGCACGUUUAUUGGAUGAAGAAGAAGCUGCAGAUGAUGAAUUUUAUAAGACUACCUACGGUGGGUUUAAUGAAGAUGAGGAAGAUAAUGAUUUUCAUUUUGUUGAUGAAGAAGCCCCAGAUGAAGUUGAUUCAGAUUUCAGUAUUGAUGAAAAUGAUGAAGUGAUAUCAGACGUCGAAGAUGAAGAACAAACUCAAAAAAAAACAAAUAGAUACCAAGAACCUAAAGUACCAAAACCUGUUGAACAAAAUGAAGCUCCAAAAAGAAAACGUUCCAGAACAGAAAAAGUGGUGGUGGCGGCUGAGACGUCAUAUGAGCGAAAGUCAAUACGCCAAUCAACAGCAGUUAAGUCUCAAGAAACAAUAGAACGUAUCAAAGAACGUGUUAGUAAAAUUAAACGAAAUAAACCAAUGCCUCCAGAAGAAAUGCCUUCACAGCAGGAAUUGUUGGAAGAAGCAAAACUCACAGAAGAAGAGAAUUUAAAAUCAUUAGAGAAAUUUGAAAAACUAGAAUUGGCUAGAAAACAGACAAGAGCUAAACCUCGUGUCACAUACUUGACAUCUGUUAAAUUUCUUAGUAAAGCAUAUCCAUUGUUUACCGAAGACGACAAUAUAAACAUUGAAUGCGAAGAACAUGACAUGAAACGUGAACGCCGUGAGUAUUUCGAGCGCACUUCCAUCACAGUGAACGAACCCCAUGAGUUUGAACGAAUGUUCCCCAAAAAAGUAGCCAAACCAAUUAAACCACAUAGGCAGUGUGUAUUUACUGAAGAUUAUGCAAGAUACAGGGAUCCUUUGACCGGUCACCCUUAUAAGAAUCAAAAGAUAUUUUCGAUAUUAAGAUCCGUAUACUCUAUGCAUUUAGAUGAAGCCUUUACUAAUAAAUAA